UAUUACUCAAUCAAACGUCAAUUUUUCUUAAAUUUAUGUGAAUCAUGUGUAAAAAAACAAAAAAGUGAAAAAAAAAGGUAUAGUGACAAAUCCUAUGAUAUUUUCUGAAUUAAAUAGUAGAUGUCAAUUAGAUCUUAUUGAUUAUCAAAGUCAAGCUGAUGGUGAAUAUAAAUUUGUGUUGGUGUAUCAAGAUCAUUUGACUAAAUUUUGUAUUUUAAAACCAUUAAAAUCGAAAAGAGCUGAAGAAGUAGCAUAUUGUCUCAUAGAUAUUUUUACGGUGUUCGGUGCUCCAAGUGUACUACAAAGUGACAACGGUCGUGAAUUCAGAAACCAAACAAUAGAUUCAUUAAAAGAAAUGUGGCCUGAAUUAUCUAUUAUUCAUGGCAAACCUCGCCACAGUCAGUCCCAAGGAUCAGUGGAGAGGGCAAAUCAAGAUAUAGAGAAUAUGAUAAUUACCUGGAUGAAGGACAACAACACAACAAAAUGGAGUGAAGGGCUAAGGUUUAUUCAAUUUAUGAAAAAUAAAGCUUUUCAUAGGGGGAUAGGACGAAGUCCUUAUGAAGCUAUGUUCGGAUGUUCCCCAAAAGUAGGAAUUUCUUCAAAUACUCCAGGCAAUAUUUUGAAAGUUUUGAAUACAGACAAAAGUUUAAAUAAUAAAAUUAACAAAGAUUUACAGAAAAAUAACUGUAAAAUAUGCAAACAUAUAUUUAUGGAAAAUGAAGGGAAUACCGAGGAAGAAUUGUGUCAACUUUGCAUAAAUAAAGAAAAUAUUUCCAAUAAAAGAGAAGAAGCAAAAGAAUGCUUAGAACGUCAAGCUAAAAGAAUGAAACUACAAUCAGAUAUGUCUCAUCCACCUGCUCUUCAAGGAUGUAACGUACGAGUCAAAAUUCCAGAUGUUGACAGGUCAAAAUGUGAUCCACAAUCUAUAAUUGCAAUUGUAUUAGAAAAAACAACCGACGGAUUUUAUCGCUUAGGUAAUUUUUUUUAUUUAUAAUUUUUUUUAUUUUUUUAUUGAUAAUUCAAAUAAUUUUGUUUUAGGAACUAAAUACGGUAUACUAAAACAAAUUUACGCGAGGUCACAAUUUAAUUUAUGCACAGAAAAGUUUAUUACGCUUAGUGACGUUCCAGAUGUAGAUAUUUGCCUUCGAAAAGCAUCCGAAUCCUAAUCAAUUGGUAAUGGACAAGGGUUUUUUAAAUGUACAUGCCAACAAAAGUGCACCACAAAACGGUGCAUAUGUUUAAAAAAUAAUUUACUUUGUAAUUCUAAAUGUCACCC